AUGACGGGCCUUAGAUACGACCCUGAGUACUUCAAGGCUAUGGAGCCUCUCCUCAAAGGCCCCAAGCCUGAGCCCGCCAAAACGGUCCUUGAAAUCAGGGAGCGCACAAAUGCUGUUAUUCAUCGCGUCGUCGGCGCAUUUCCUCGCCCAUCCAAUGUCAAAGAGACUGUAUACACUACUAAGAGCUAUGAUGGCGCUGAGAUCGAGAUUACUCGUUUCGCAUCGGAGGAAAUCUUGGCUUCGGAGAAACCUACCCCGGCUGUGGUCUACUUCCACGGUGGAGGGUACGUAGCUUGCGACGUCAAAAUGUUUGCGCCUCAAAUUUCGGGGUUCGCAGACAGAUACGGGCUACCCUACUUUGCUGUUUCUUAUAGACUGGCCCCGGAGCAUCCUGCGCCAGCUGGAGUGGAGGACGGUUACGCAGCUGUCCAGUGGUUGAUAAAAUCUGCGGCUGAAUUCAACAUCGACCCUACCAAGAUCAUUCUACACGGCGACAGCGCUGGUGGCGGUCUCGCUGCAGGUCUGGCCUUGAUGGCCCGAGAUCGCCAACUUGACCCUCCAAUUGCCAAGCAGGUGCUCAUCUAUCCUAUGCUGGACGAUCGCUACAAUAUCGAAAAUGAUGAUCCCAUGCUGGACUUGAUGGCAUGGAAACCAGAUGCUGCUAAAAUUGUGUGGGACUCAUAUGCAUCGAAGGUCCGAGAGGGUCAUGAUGCGCAGGCUCUGUCGUACGCUAUUCCCGCUCGGGCUUCGAGUCUGCAGGGAUUGCCUUCUACGUACAUAGACGUCGGGAGUCUGGACCUUUUCAGAGACGAGAACCUUGAGUAUGCUAAGAGGUUGGCGAAUGACCAUGUUGAGGUUGAGUUUCAUCUUUGGCCAGGGUUGCCGCACGGAUUUGAUGGAACACUUUCCCUCAAAUGGUUUGCGCGUGCACAAGAGAGUCGUUUGGAUAGUUUGAAGAGGGUUUGA